AGGAGGAGGGAGAACCCCGUGCAACGUUGGGACUUGGCAGCCCGCCUCCCCCUGCCCAAGGAUAUUUAAUUUGCCUCGGGAAUCGCUACUUCCAGAGGGGAACCCGGGAGGGAAGGCGCGCGCUCCUGGAGGGCCAAGCGGGACUCCUCGGCCGUCGCUGCUUCCCUGCACGGGACUCCACCGGGGUCGGCAAGGGAUGCACCGUAGCUUCUUCCCGACUGCAGGGACUCGGGGGAGACUUAGUCCUCGGAAGAUUGCGGCUGCGCUCACCCUAGACACGCUGCCUUCCCCUUGGGGCAUGAAACGCCCUUAAACUCGGAUCGGGCUGUCUUCCUUGGCUCAGCUACCUCGUCCUUCGGCUGCCCCUUCCCCAGCGCCGAGAGCAGCGUGGAUUUCGGAGUCAGGGUUUCUGCUUCCCCCAGCCCGGAGUGCAUGUGCGGGGCCGCCUCGAGGAGCCGCCCCCCACCCAGUUUGUCGGCACCUCCCUCUGCUCCGCGGCAGCAUGGCGAGCCCUCCAGAUACCGAUGGCUUCUCAGACGUGCGCAAGGUGGGCUACCUGCGCAAACCCAAGAGUAUGCACAAGCGCUUUUUCGUGCUGCGGGCGGCCAGCGAGGCCGGGGGCCCUGCGCGCCUGGAGUACUACGAGAACGAGAAGAAGUGGCGGCACAGGUCGAGCGCCCCCAAACGCUCCAUCCCCCUGGAGAGCUGUUUCAACAUCAACAAGCGGGCUGACUCCAAGAACAAGCACCUGGUGGCUCUCUACACCCGAGACGAGCACUUUGCCAUUGCGGCCGAGAGUGAGGCCGAGCAAGACAGCUGGUACCAGGCUCUUCUGCAGCUGCACAAUCGAGCAAAGGCCCACCAUGACGGGGCUGGAGGUGGAGGCUGUGGCGGUAGCUGCAGCGGCAGCUCGGGCGUUGGAGAGGCCGGGGAGGACUUGAGCUAUGACACGGGCCCAGGACCCGCGUUCAAGGAGGUCUGGCAGGUUAUCCUGAAACCCAAGGGCCUGGGCCAGACAAAGAACCUGAUUGGCAUCUACCGCCUCUGCCUGACCAGCAAGACCAUCAGCUUUGUAAAGCUCAACUCGGAGGCAGCGGCCGUGGUGUUGCAGCUCAUGAACAUCCGACGCUGUGGCCACUCAGAGAACUUCUUCUUCAUCGAGGUGGGGCGUUCCGCCGUGACAGGGCCCGGCGAGUUCUGGAUGCAGGUGGAUGACUCCGUGGUGGCCCAGAACAUGCACGAGACCAUUCUGGAGGCCAUGCGGGCCAUGAGCGACGAGUUUCGCCCGCGCAGCAAAAGCCAGUCUUCGUCCAGUUGCUCCAACCCCAUCAGCGUCCCCCUGCGCAGGCACCAUCUCAACAACCCCCCGCCCAGCCAGGUGGGGCUGACUCGCCGGUCCCGCACGGAGAGCAUCACUGCCACCUCCCCUGCCAGUAUGGUGGGGGGGAAGCCCGGCUCCUUCCGGGUGCGCGCCUCCAGCGACGGCGAAGGCACCAUGUCCCGGCCGGCCUCGGUGGACGGCAGUCCCGUAAGCCCUAUCACCAACAGGACCCAUGCCCUCCGCCACCGAGGCAGCUCCAGGCUGCACCCUCCGCUCAACCACAGCCGCUCCAUUCCCAUGCCCUCUUCUCGCUGCUCACCCUCAGCCACCAGCCCAGUGAGUCUGUCCUCCAGUAGUACCAGUGGCCACGGCUCCACCUCGGACUGCCUCUUCCCGAGGCGCUCCAGUGCUUCCGUGUCCGGCUCUCCUAGCGAUGGCGGCUUCAUCUCUUCCGAUGAGUACGGUUCUAGUCCCUGUGAUUUCCGAAGUUCCUUCCGCAGUGUCACCCCAGAUUCCCUGGGCCACACCCCACCAGCCAGGGGCGAGGAGGAGCUGAGUAACUAUAUCUGCAUGGGGGGCAAGGGAGCCUCCACCUUGGCUGCUCCCAACGGUCACUACAUUUUGUCUAGGGGUGGCAACGGCCAUCGCUACCUCCCAGGGGCUAACCUGGGGAUAAGCCCGGCGCUGGCUGGAGAGGAAGCCGCCGGUGCAGCAGAUCUGGAGAACCGGUUUCGGAAGAGAACUCACUCCGCAGGCACAUCCCCUACCAUCGCCCAUCAGAAGACUCCCUCCCAGUCUUCCGUGGCUUCCAUUGAGGAGUACACAGAGAUGAUGCCCGCGGCCUACCCACCAGGAGGUGGCAGCGGAGGCCGGCUGCCUGGCUACCGGCAUUCCGCCUUCGUGCCCACCCACUCUUAUCCUGAAGAGGGUCUAGAGAUGCACCCCUUGGAACGUCGUGGGGGCCACCACCGGCUGGACACCUCCGCCCUCCACACUGACGAUGGCUACAUGCCCAUGUCCCCAGGCGUGGCGCCAGUGCCCAGCAACCGUAAAGGGAAUGGAGACUAUAUGCCCAUGAGCCCCAAGAGUGUCUCCGCCCCGCAGCAGAUCAUCAACCCCAUCAGACGCCACCCUCAGAGGGUGGACCCCAAUGGCUACAUGAUGAUGUCUCCCAGCGGAAGUUGCUCCCCUGACAUUGGCGGUGGCUCCAGCAGCAGCGGCAGCAUCAGCGCAGCCCCUUCCGGGAGCAGCUAUGGGAAGCCAUGGACAAACGGGGUAGGGGGCCACCAUCCUCAUGCUCUGCCUCACGCCAAACCCCCUGUUGAGAGCGGUGGUGGCAAGCUCUUGCCUUGCACGGGCGACUACAUGAACAUGUCACCUGUGGGAGACUCCAACACCAGCAGCCCCUCGGAAGGCUACUACGGCCCGGAAGAUCCCCAGCACAAACCAGUCCUCUCCUAUUACUCGUUGCCAAGGUCCUUUAAGCACACCCAGCGCCCCGGGGAGCCAGAGGAGGGUGGCAGGCACCACCAUCUUCGCCUCUCUUCUAGCUCCGGACGCCUCCUCUACACUGCCACUGCGGAGGAUUCCUCCUCUUCUACCAGCAGCGACAGCCUGGGUGGGGGUUACUGUGGGGCUCGGCCGGAGCCCGGCCUCCCACAUCCCCACCACCACGUUCUGGGGCUGCCCCGAAAGGUAGACACGGCUGCCCAGACCAACAGCCGCCUGGCUCGGCCCACAAGGCUUUCCUUGGGGGAUCCCAAGGCAAGCACCUUACCCAGGGUCCGAGAGCAGCAGCAGCAGCAGCAGCAGCCGCAGCCGCAGCCGCAGCCUUCCCUGCACCCUCCUGAGCCCAAGAGCCCGGGAGAGUAUGUGAAUAUUGAAUUCGGGAGUGGCCAGCCUGGCUAUUUAGCUGGCCCCGGGACUUCCCAUAGCUCUCCUUCAGUCCGGUGUCCACCCCAGCUCCACCCAGCUCCCAGAGAAGAAACUGGCUCGGAAGAGUACAUGAACAUGGACUUGGGGCCAGGCCGGAGGGCGACCUGGCAGGAGAGUAGUGGAGUUGAGUUGGGCAGAGUAGGCCCUGCACCUCCAGGGGCUGCUACCAUUUGCAGGCCAACCCGGUCGGUGCCAAAUAGCCGUGGUGACUACAUGACCAUGCAGAUAGGCUGUCCUGGUCAAAGCUAUGUGGAUACCUCACCAGUGGCCCCGGUCAGCUAUGCUGACAUGCGGACAGGCAUCUCUGCCGAGAAGGUGAGCCUGCCCAGAACCGCAGGGGCUGCUCCCCCUCCACCCACCACAACCUCUGCUUCUGCUGCGCCUCAGGGAGCAGCUGAGCAGGCUGCUCACUCUUCCCUGCUGGGAGGCCCUCAGGGACCUGGGGGCACGAGUGCAUUCACCAGGGUGAACCUCAGUCCCAACCAUAACCAGAGUGCCAAAGUCAUUCGUGCAGACACUCAAGGGUGCCGGAGGAGGCAUAGCUCGGAGACCUUCUCAGCACCGAAUCGGGCUGGCAACACGGUGUCCUUUGGAGCAGGGGCUGCAGUAGGGGGCAGUGGUGGUGGCAGCGGCAGCAGCGGCGGCAGCGAGGAUGUAAAGCGCCACAGCUCUGCAUCAUUUGAGAACGUGUGGCUGAGACCUGGGGACCUAGGGGGAGCUUCCAAGGAGAUGGCUCUGGGGUGUGGAGCUGCUGGGGGUUUGGAGAACAGUCUUAACUAUAUAGACCUAGAUUUGGCCAAGGACGUUAAACAGCGCCCUCAGGAGUGCCCCUCUCAACAGCAGUCCCUGCCACCCCCUCCCCCUCACCAGCCCUUAGGCAGUAAUGAGGGCAGCUCCCCGAGACGCUCCAGUGAGGAUUUAAGCACCUAUGCCAGCAUCAGCUUCCAGAAGCAGCCAGAGGACCGUCAGUAGCUCAACUGGACAUCACAGCAGAAUGAAGACCUAAAUGACCUCAGCAAAUCCUCCUUUUAACUCAUGGGUACCCAGACUCGAACUAUUUCACGAUUCACAACCAGGACCUCACGUCUUCCUCCUCAGUAGAUGGUACGAUGCAUUUGUUUACCUUGUACAAUCCUCAGGAGUUCACUGACUGAACUGCACGUUCUGUAUUGUGCCAAGCAACGAGAAAAGCACUGUGACACCGGAACAAUGAGUCUGUGUAAACGUCAUCUUGAACUUUAAGGACUUAGCUGGCCGAGAUGUGCUGGUGUGCGCCUCCACCCGCCUUGCUGCAAGAGAAUGGGUUUACUCUCCUCGAAUUUACAACGUCUGUUUCAUCUACUCGGAGACCAUGUUCCAUGAAGCACCGCUGUAAAUUAUUUCAUGUGGGACUGUUCACGUUGGGUGGAGAGAGUAUUAAAUAUUUAACAUAGGUUUUGAUUUAUAUGUGUAAUUUUUUUAAUGAAAAUGUAACUUUCCUUACAGCACAUCUUCUUUUUGGAUGUGGAACUGAGGUAUUCAGUGUUCUCUUAUAAAGAGUGGAGCAAAUGCUUAAAACAAGGCUAGAAAGAGUAGACUAGGGUAUAAUCAUCCUUGUUUUAAGAUUCUAAUUCAGAAAAAAUAAUAUAAUAAGAAUCAUAGUGCCAUAGAAGGUUCUGGACUGUAUAGUUAUACUUGCUGAUACUGUCUCUUGUAAUAUAAACUUGAUGUUGAGCUGAGUUCCUUUUAAGAAUUAAUCUUAGUUUUGUAUUUUUUUUUUUCCAAAUGGAAGGAGAAUGUAUUCUAUUGGGGUGUUUUCAAGUGUCGGCUUAGAAUUGGUAAUUGAAUGGAAGCGAAACUGCAGAAAAAAAAGAAAAAAGAAAGAAAAGAAAAAGAAAAAAAAAAGGAAACCACAGACUUCCACUGUAUAUACUGUAGAGAGAAGGAAACAUGAGUGAUUCCUUCAGCUUAAAAGCUCUCUUUGGAAUGAAGAAUGUGGGUGUUUCUAAAUCCUGGAAAUGUCUCUUUGUUCAUAAUAAACUAGAUGCUGUUGGUCCCCCC